GCCUCGCACGAUCGGGGGUUUCCUGCAGUGUCAUGUGGCCAGAAGGAUUGUGGAUCACAAGUACCUCCCCGCUCGAGGCUUGCAGCGAACAAAACACCGACUAGCACAUCCGGGUGACCUUGGCAGUCAGGAAAUUCGCCCUACCACGCAAGAUUUGUCUUGGCCCUCACUCCUAUAUCCUGCGAGGCGGUGUAAGCUUUAGGGCGCGGUCGGACCUCCGAGCACGUACCGAAGGGCAUGACGAGUCAAGAUGCGGCGGACGGCGCUGUGGUCCCCUACGACCCCAGUGUCUUCGAGGGUUACAAGGGACCCCCGCUGCCGCCUGAUGAGGACGAAAGGUGCCGCACACUGGAGACUCUGGACGUACAACCAGAGGUGGACGACCCGGUGCUGUCAUCCCUCUGCAAGCUGCUCUGCUCGCUGCUAAAAGUGCCCGCAGCAGCGGUGUCGAUAGUGGAGAGGGAACGCCAGGUGCUCAAGUCGACGGCGGGGAACAUUACUCGCUGCGUGGUCCCCCGUAGCGCCUCCUUCUGCCAGCACACCUUUGUGCACAAGCUGCCCGUAGUCAUGGUCGUCGAAGACACCCUCAAGGAUGUCAGAUUUGCGGACAAUCCGCUGGUGGCCAAGGGCGUGCACCCCAUCCGCUUCUAUGCAGGAGCACCCCUCAUCGCUUCCAACGGCCAUCGCAUUGGCGCCAUGUGCCUGAUAGACCAGAAGCCGCGCACGUUGAGCGUGGAGGAUUACCGCGUGCUUUGCACCUGCGCAGAAAUGGUGGUCCGCAGAUUGGAGAAGCAGCAGUUUGAGCUGCUGGAGGCGAGCGCGGCCGACAAGAUGCUGCGCACGUUGGACACUCUGCGGCGGCCGCUGCUGUUGGCCGACAUGAGCUUGCGCGGAUGGCCCGUGCUGCACGCCAACGAGGCCUGGCUCAAGCGCAUGGCGCUGCCAAAGGGGACAGAAAUCCGCUCGCUGCCCUUCUGGGACUACUACGAGGCCACUCAAGACUCACAGGAGGCAGUGGUGGAGGGCUUCAAUGAGCAGAUCUCGCAGCAGAAGCCAUUCUUCGUGUCGCUGCAGCUCAAGGACGGCUGCAACAAGGGGUGGCCUCUUCAAAUGCAUUUCAAGCCUGCGACACAAGGAUCCCUAGAUCCUUUCACGCCGGAAAUUGCCAUUCCCGAGGAUGCGCCGUUCCAUGACAACCCGGCAGAUGACCUGCCUUACUACAUCGUGACUAUCCUGGACGACGGCGAGUCAUCGCCAGCUCAGCCGCCCCAGGCCAAGGCGGCAGUGCCUCAGAAGGGGAUGCCCCCGGCUUUCAGCACCGAUUCAGCGAUCGGCACAGAUGCAACAAAGAAGGUCCAAGUGCAACCGGAGACACCAGCAGCAGAUCCAGUUGCUGCAGAACCUGCUCCAACCGCCGUAAAGCCUGCUGCAGAGGCCAAAGGCACCGAAAAGAAGCUCGGCUGCUUUGGCAAAGAUUCAGACUCGCAGCGAGCCUGUGUGAUCUCAUAG